UCAUCUCUUCCUUCCCCUCGGCUUUCCCACGAUCCCCUCGGUUCCUCGCGCGUUGGCAUCACAAUCACUCUCUCGUGCAGCAUUCCCCUCUUACUCGAUCGAUCCUAUUGCAUCGUUCGCUAAUACGCCUCCGGCAUCCCACAACUCCUUACCAGUCGUUCAUUUUACUAAAGAUCCUGCACGUCAACGGUUACCCGUAUCCGUACCAAAACACUCUUGAACCUUGGUACACGUUGAUCGGCAGUUGUCUGUGUCCUCUCCCCCCCCUUGACGCAACUUACACCACACGCCCCCCUACCACCACUCCCAAAUCCAUCAACAUGCUCCCAAAGAUCGCCAGCCUCCUUUCCUCGGCCCUCGUGGCCACCGCCGCCACUCUGCCCACUGUGGUCUUCACCCCGGGCGCCUGGCACGGUCCGCAGUCCUUCGACCUCGUCCGCGCCGGUCUGACGCUCAAGGGCUACGAGUCCGAGGCCAUCACCCUCCCCUCCGUCGGCGCGGAGCCCGCGACCGUCGGUCUCGAGCAGGACGCCGCCGUUCUGCGGUCCACCAUUGAGACCCUCGCCGACGCCGGCAAGGAGGUCGUCGUCGUCGUUCACUCGUACGGCGGCAUGGUUGGCGGCAACGCCAUCGAGGGGCUUGGAUACAAGCAGCGCGCGGCCAACAACGAAAAGGGCGGCGUCAUCAUGCUCGUCUACCUCGCCGCCUUUGCUGCCCCCAACGCUACCAGCCUUUUGGAUAUGCUCAGCGGAGAGUACCUCCCCUGGAUGAGAGUUGAGGGUGACAAGGUCUACGCUGAUACCCCAGAGACCAUCUUCUACGCCGAUGUCAACCCGGUCCUCAAGGCCAAGGCCAUUGCGGAGCUGAGCUGGCAGUCUGCCCGUGUCUUCUCUGACCCCGCGACCUACGAGCCGUGGAACAACGGCAUCGAGGUCAUGUACUUCCACACUGAGCAGGACCAGGCUAUUCCUCUGGCUACCCAGGAGGCCAUGGCCGCCCAGUUCCCUACCGGCUACACCACCUUCUACGCAAAUACCUCUCACUCCCCCUUCCUGUCCCGCCCGGACCUCGUCAUCGAGGGUGUCGAGCUCGCUGUUAAGGUUGGCCAAGAGAAGAUUGCGGCUUAG